UAAACCAAACGACUUCCUCCUCCUCCUCCUCCUCCUCCUCCUCUCAGUCAGUACAGUCACAAGCACUGCUGCUUAUCCUGCAGUUCCUCCGGCAUCUGCAUAAAUAUUUGUUUGCAUCAAUGCCCGUAUUGUACUGUCGGAGGCAGAGAGGGAAGAAGAGCAUGUCCCCAGCAGGGAGAGCGCUAUUGUUUUCUGCCGCUCUGAAACCGCAGGCCUCGCAGUGACACUGAUCCUCCUCAAAGCCGGGCUCCACCCAUCCUGCUCAUACCGGCCCGGCCAUGUCUCACCAUGCACCACUCUGCCCCACUUCUCUCCUCCCGUGUCACCGGCUGCUCUCCUCUCAUUGUCACUUGCAGCUGCCUGUGCUUCUCUUCCCCCUCUGGCAUUUUUCUCUUCCUCUUGUUUCCUCUCCAGUCUGACCUUCUUUUCUUUUCUGCUCAUUUUUUUCCCCACUUUAUGUUUACCCCAUGAGGACUUUGCAUCGACUCAAGUUGAUGAGCUCUCCAAGCCUCAGUGAGCUUGCAAAAAGUGAGAAAAGUUCCCCGGAGGAUCGAGGGGAAAAGCAGAAGAGGGCAGGAGCCAACGCCACCUGGAACAGCAUCCACAACGCGGUUAUCGCAGUUUUCCAAAAGAAAGGCCUGGCUGACAAUGAACUCUACAUCCUCAACGAAGGCGUCCG